CCGCGCAUCUCCGUUCUCCGCUGCUGAAGCGACUGCGGGGAACCAGAUGCCCUACUGUGAGCCGCUGCCUGUGGAUAUCGCGGAUGCCAGAGCAGAAUAGACCUAGUCGAGAGACAGACCCAUUCACACUCAGCCAAAGCGAAUAAAGAAGAGGGGUAGUGGGAGAGAUAAGGAGAGGUGGUUUUACGCGUUGUCAGUGUGGUUUUCAGCUUCGGAAAAAGAGCUACUGUAAGAAGAGGAGGACUCGCAAUAUUGGGCACUAGAAUAAGAAAAAAAACGCGUUAUCCCGUUCUGCUGCUGCUGCGGCUCGUGAGCGCAUUCUCUGCUCGGUUUGGAAUACAAUGUGUCUGCAUGAGACCAUGGAGAUACGGAGUGGAUUUAUCAAAGAGCACUUCGACAGUUUAUGAACAAAACUGGACCUCUCUUUUUCUACGGCAUUUUGUCCCCCUUUUUCGUUGGGAUUGUGUUUUGUUUUUGUGUAUUUUUUCCGUUUGCAUAUUUUCGUUUGAUUUAUGGUGUUUUAUGAUUUCAUGUCAUAUUUUUUUUAUUUUUUAACUAUUUCGGUUUUUACUUUUCAUCGGUUUUGGAGGAGAGCUGGAUUGACUCGUCGUGAAGAUUUGUGUAGAGAAGAUUCCCCGUCGCUCAUGUGAAUGAUAUUCUAUCUCCCCAACUGAGACGUGCCAUGGAUGGAAAACUUAAUUUGCAUCAACGAAACCGAUCGGGAAAUAUCCGUUACAUCGAAUAACUACUGCUAACAGCAAUCAGGACGAAUGACAUAGGAUGAACACUACUGGCGGGGUGUGUCUGUGUGUGCUGUCGUCCCUCCUCGGUGUGGCCUGGGCCGUGGCUGCUCUAGUCCCUCUAGAUCUAGCUCCUCUUUCUACCCUGGCCGCUGCCUAUGGGGCUGCCAGUGGAGGCUCUCCCAGGGAGGCAGAGGGGGGCAGCCUCCCCUCCCAGUGUUCCAGCCUGGUAGCAGGGGUACUGUAUGGAUCUUUCUCUCUGAGAGAGCUGUUCCCGUCCCGGGUGCCGGGCUGUUCCUGGUCGUUGGAGAACCCCGAUCCCACCAAGUAUUCCCUCUAUCUCCGAUUCACCCGUCACCCCUCCAUCUGUCAAUCACACUCCCCCAUGCUCCUCCCACUCGACCAUCAUCUAGCCAAUCAGAGCUGCCCGCUGGAUCUACAGACAUCAACUCAGGACGUGAUAGACCUUUGCGGCAGCCAAUUAGAAUCGGAAGGACCAUAUUCAUUUUUACAGUUCGACAAGAACUUUGUUGAGCUAUGCCUGUCGAGACUACCGUCACCUGAUGAACCGCCGGUAACCAAGGAAACGCUAGAACUCCGGCUAGUCGAGGUUUUGCUAAUCAACAAUGAGAACUCCAGCCAGUUCACCUGUGGAGUACUCUGCCGAUGGUUUGAGGAGUGCCUGCGCAAUGGUCGUCAUGGAGACGGUGACGCUGCUGACGGUGACGGUUGCAGAGUUACUCAGACGGGGUGUGUGUGUCCUAACAACAAUGUGGUCAUGGCUCAGCCUGUACCCCUUCUCCCGUCAACGCCCCAUAACAACGGAUCGCUGUUACCUGACGAUUGCUGCGUCACAGAGCUGCACCAUAACAAUGCCAUUGCCAUAGCCCCCAGGGACGUCAGACAAGAUCCCUACUCAGACUCAGAUGAUGAUGACCUGAAGGUGAAGACGCAGAGACCCAGAUCAGCAGACCAGCCAGGUGUGUUUCAGGCACAGACAGGUGACCCUGCGGCGGAGGAGUGGUCUCAAUGGAGUGUGUGUUCGUUAACAUGUGGUCAGGGUUGGCAGGUGAGGACGCGCUCGUGUGUGUCCUCUCCCUACGGCACCCUGUGUAGUGGCGCCCUGAGAGAGACACGUAUGUGUAACAAUACCGCCACCUGCCCCGGUGACCCAGCACUGAGCUCAGUCCAUGGGCUGUGGGAGGAGUGGUCGUCAUGGAGCCUUUGUUCUGUCACGUGUGGGCGGGGCUCCAGGACCCGAACCAGGAACUGUGUGAGCGGAGGAGAGGCCAAGCUCUGUGGAGGGCCUGAGAAACAGACCAAACUCUGCAACAUAGCAGUGUGUCCCGUGGAGGGCCAGUGGUUGGACUGGGCUCCGUGGUCUAGGUGCAGUGCAACCUGUUCCACAGGGAGCCAGCAGAGACAGAGGAGGUGUAGUGCAUCGGUGCACGUCUGGGCAGAGUGUAAGGGACCACACCAGGAGACCAGGGAGUGUACCAACCCAUCCUGCGGUGGUGGGGGUAACUGGGGCAGCUGGAACCACUGGAGUCUGUGCAGUAAGACGUGUGACUCAGGGUGGCAGCGUCGCUUCCGGAUGUGUGAGGGGACAGGGAUACAGGGUUACCCCUGUGACGGCUCCGGAGAGGAGGUCCGUUCCUGCAAUGACAAGAAGUGCCCCGCACCUCAUGAGAUCUGUAGAGACGAGUACCUUGUAGCCAUGACCUGGAAAAGUGCCUCGGCUGGAGAAACAGUCUACAACA